CAGGGAGCUCUAUCGCUCUAUCUGCGCUACAGUGCCACUAUCACCCUUCGCAAGCCCACCCACAUAGCUUCCAAAGCAACGGCUCAAAACAGAUUCGCUACUUGCAUUCGAUAUAAUCGGGGGCUCUGGCCCCGUAAGCCUGCCCCAGUCUGCAGUAUCUCGUUUGGAACAGGCAUAGCUGUCCGCCGGCCGCACGUCAACAAAAGCCCGCGACACCAAUCGGUGACGGUCCGGUUCUUACUGUCUCGUCGUCGAUCACCAACGACUUCCUGGCCCCGCACGUUUCAAGUCAAAAGACCGACCGCACAACACAUCGACAUGGUCGCGCCCGAGGCCAAAUCCGGCCCUAAGCAAGCUGGUGUUCUGCCCAUCCGUCCUGCCCAGGCGCAGGGCCCGACAGACUCGUCCAGGUCUGCCAAGUCCAAAGCCGCAGCACAGGAUGGCAUCAAGGUCAAGGUCAGGAGACUGCCACCUGGUCUGGCCGAACAUGAAUUUCUCACAAUCCUCGGUGACACGUGGAGGCCGGGCAACGGAAAGGUUGGCUGGUUCUCAUACCACUGCGGACACAUACCAAAGAGCGCCUCCAAGGACUCUACUCCUGCCUUCGCCUUCCUCCAAGUCAAAGAAGGGGACCUUGAAGCUCUCGACCACGCCGUCCAGAGUGCUAUUUGGGAGGACGCAAAGGGCACCUUCAACAGCCCUUCUCUCGUCGGCCCGCCUUAUGUGGAGCGCUCCAUCUACAAAAAAAUGCCACUUGCUAAGCCCAAGAAGGACCCUAAGGAGGGUACGAUUGACCAGGACGAAGACUACAAGGCGUUUUUGGCCAGCCUCGCGGAGGAUCCAACCAUGAAACCGGAUGAGACACAAGCUGAUGCCGAGGAUCCUGGGAAAGGCGAAGCCGACACUAAGAUUACCAUCGCUCCAUUGGCCCAGUUCGUCAAGGAGAAUCGCGAGAAGAAGGCCAACAAGGCCAAGGAGGCCGCGGCUGCUAGAAACAGCAAGCACUCGAGACAAGAGUCCCAGGGCACCAAAGGCAAAGGCUCAUCAACAGCACCGGAUGAGUCUAGAAAGAAGCCAAAGGACAAGACGAGUGACAAGCCUAAGGAGACAGUGCGCAUUCUCAAGAAGCAGGCUGCUACAGAGGCUGCCGCCGAGGCUGCCAAAGCUGUUGCCAAGGACAUGAAGGCCGCCAGCUCCUCUUCUGAUGCCGCCAGCAGUCGCCGCGCUGGUAUUCAGGGUGUUGCCAACAUUUUAAAGCGUGACCUCGGCCUCUCUAAUGGCUCCGCUGCGAGGAAAGCGCGCCAGGAGGUAGCAAAACAGGAGGCUGCCAAGAAAGGUGACGCCGAACCGAAGGCUAAGGAGCCGAAGGGCAAGGACGGUGGAUCUAAGGCCCCAGCAGCAGCAGAGCAGCCUGCACAAGCAACAGAUCGACCUGCGACGCCCACGGCUCCAAAAGCACAGGCGGAGAAGUCCUCGAGGUCAGGGCGGAGCCGGAGGGGAAAGGAGACCAAGUCGUCCGACUCUAAAACCGGAGGGCCCGCAGAUGCUCCAGCGCCGGCACCUAAUGCCCCCGUCAUACUACAGAAGAAGAAGGACGAUAGUCCUACGGCUUCCGCAGAUAAGCAAUCGUCAAAUAAUGCCAAGGCCGUCACUAAGCAAGGUUCUUCCUCGGCAGCACCGACUCCUCCGACUGGCCCGAAGGCAGCAUCCGCAAAGGGAGGUCAGCCUGGAGGUUCCCAGAAGAAGAGCAGCAACCCAGCGCCAGCAGCCUCUUCCACGCGUGCGUUCCUUAAGCAUGCCAAUCCGUCCCAGGGCGUGACCGAGGCCCUGCUGAAGGAGGCAAUGCAAGUUUUUGGUGGCAUCAGCCUUGUCGAGAUCGACCGUCGCAAGGGUUUCGCAUACGUGGAUUUCACAGAGCACGCAGGACUGGUCAAAGCAAUGGCCGCCAGUCCUGUCGCUGUCGCUCAGGCAACCGUACAAGUUCUCGAGCGUAAGGACCAGGGCUCCAAGAAGGCUGCCAGUACACCAAGCAACCAGGCUCAGCCCGGCACUACCAACAGCAGUAACAACACAGUUGCAGCUUCUGCAGCCCAAGGCGCUGCUAAUCUGUCGACUGCUCCAUCGUCUAAUGCAGAUAAGAGCGGCAACGGAACGACUAGCGAGCAACAGCAAGCUAAGCGUAGCCGACGACGUGGCCGCGGCAGAGGAGGAAAUGCAGGCGGCGGCGGCGGCGGCGCUGCUAACAGCGAGGUAAAGGCGGAGACCGGCGCUGGAUCUUCUACACCGGCAGCUACGGAUGCUGGAGGGCCCGGUACUGGCUGAAAGAUCGGGACAUUCGUGGUUCAAUUACUCGGUCUGUCUGACUGGCCGGAUGGCCAGCCCAUCCGGGUCUUGCAGAGGCCGAUCAGGGUUGUCCGACCGCUGCCAGACCAUUGAGCUUGAUCGAUCGAGGUCCAGCCUAGUAAUCAGCGAGUUUGUUUCAUGUACCCAGCAGUGUUAUUGUACGCCCGCCGGUGUCAACGAUAUCGCCGUAUGAUCCUCAACCUCAUGGGAUGGAACUUACAAUCAUCGGAGCGGCCACUCGCUGGGCAGAUUUGGUGGAGGGAAGUGCUCAGCAGCACUCAUCGCUCCUACUGGCAGAAAUUAAACCUCCUUCGGGUUGCAGAGAGAUGGUAUUAUGUGGGUGCUCUGUUCUGACCGAGUUCAGCCUGGGCAAAUACCCAAUUCCCCAGCCGUCCAUAGCGUUUAGUGAGAUGACAGUCAUUGAUGCGCACAUACGCGCUCUUCCGCUCCUCCUAGACGCUGCCGAUCUCUUGUGCCCUCUCCUAUGCCCACAUUCCCUAGUAACAUGCGCAGCGGGUCUCUCGGGCAAAAGUGGUGACAUGCUUUACCACAACUUCCAGCCUGGCUGCCCCUAUAUCCUUCUAAACUUGCCGCUAUCGAUACAGCCUCGCGGCCCGAACAGACAAGCCCACGUCCUUGGUGUAACAAGUGGUGUUGACGUCACCUUGCCUUGAAGCAAUGUCGAUCUGGGAACACCUACCGCACCGGGAGAAGUCAGGGCACUCGUCAGUCACCCCGGGUUAAGCGACAGGCAGACAUGAUGCGUUGUAUAAUCUGCCAGGGAUAUUGCAACCAGACUUGAUUUGCAAUCUUCGGUCGUUGCCUGGAUGACGCGAUGGUCUGCCUGCCCUUUGCUUCCCCCCAUUGGGAUUCUUUUGGUAUUCUUGUCCAGCUUUUCCAGCCAUUUUCCUUCUUUCAAAACUCCUUGCUGUCUUUUACAUCAUCUUCAUUCAUCCACUGUCAUGUUUCAUGCAGCACCGGGUGUAUGCUUGGGUAGUGAAGCUAUAAUGUCCAUUUUGGGAAUCUGAGCCAUUCAUAAGAGGUAUCUGUCUAACUAGGAAGGGCUGUGGUGUGGUGAUAUCUAUCCUGUGAAACCAAACGAGGAAGGAAGAGAGAAGUAGAAAAGGUGGUAUCAUAUUUCCCAAAAGAGCCCCGUUCCAAGCCUGCCGUACCCCAGAUAGCAGGACUUAUGUCUCCCAAACAAAUCCCACUUGCCCGUUCACUUAACCUGGGCGCCCUGACCAGAACUCCGUGAAAAAUCCAAAGUGAUAAGGAACCUUUUUUCCAAUUUGACCGAGCCGUCAGACUUGAGAGACCUGAGAACAAAUGAAACAUGCAUCAUGCGCCAGUGCUCCCGACCGUCAGGACCUGCAGGCCGUCCGGGACUAGGGGUCAACAGGUGACGUAUGUGGGGUCGUCAGCAGUAUGUGUGUGUGUGUGUGUAUGUGUGUGUGUUUGCACCAGGGUGUGGGCACGGUGUGACAAGAGGGGCCGUCUUGCAGCAAAACACCAGCCUCAGAAAGGCCCCAGGGGAGUGAGUCCACCACUGUGAGCAAGUUGUUUGGUUCUUAGGCACCGAGAUUUGCCCGAAUACCUGGUUGCCUCCAGAUUUGUGCAAUAGAGCACCAAUGACCAGAGCCUGGGGCGACGUGGGGGUUCAUGCUCGUGUGUCUGGUAUAUGUAGGAAGCGGGCCGGGUUCGUCAGUUGAACGUGUUGUUCCAUGGUUUGGUGAUUAAAUCAUGUGAACAGAGUGAUGACGCCGUCCACCUUUUGGUGGUGAGUUCCAGCUCCCGCGUGCAAUGACAAUGAUGUGCGCAUGAGCGACCAAAACCAACUUCUCCCUUGGCCAGUCGUCUAUUUUUCAGCUGAUAGUUGAGGGGGGGUGGGCAAGGGUGGCGCUCCAGCUGAAGAAGGAUCAGGGAGGAUCGAGGCUGCUCCGUGAGCCUCGGGGCUGGCUCACCCUCAGGACAGAGCCUCACAUGUCAAUCAGAGAGGGUGAGGGUGAUAGUUCCCAUCCUCGUAGUUGGCUGUUGGAGACAUGAGCCCGUCGUACCUAUAAAAGACAGUGGGCCGCUCCAUGCCGGCACUUCGAGGUGUCGAGGAAUAGGCUGGGUCCUGGUAAUGGGCGAUGGCUGGCUGGCCAGUCUGGGCCAUGGCGACGGGUCCAUCGAAGCGGCGUCCAGGGCUGGCUGCGCUUGGCUGUGGUGUCGGUAUCGACACGGUUGGUCGCGCAGCGCGAGGUCCGAGGGGCUCGACAUAAGGUCUGUCGGCGUAGGCGGCACUGCUCAGGCGGCGACUGGUGGUCCUGGGGGCCCUGGAACUUGAUCGCUUGGAGGAGCUGGCAUCACUCGAAGUCUCGCUGCGCUCGAAGCGGCCCUUGAGGCGAUCCUUUUGUUGCUCGACAUCUGCGUCCUUGGACCGCCUGCUCUCGCUCCGGUGCAGCUUGCCGCUCUUGGGAGAGGGUGUGGUGGCAGCCCGGGCCUCGGAGUCCCGUGGCUUCUUCUGCAGCCUCUCGUUGCUGUUUCGCAGGCCGUCAUUCUCGACCUGCAGCGCUGCGAGACGGGCCUCCAGGUCCUUGUGGGCGUCUCUCAGCUUCUUCUUGUCCCGCAGCAGGUCCUUCUUCUCCUCCUCCAGGUUGUCGCACCGGUUCUUGACAGCCAGCAGGUUGGCAUCGGCCAGUCUGAGCUUCUUGGUGAGCUGCCUUUCGACCUCUUGGGCCUUUGCCUUCCACUCAUCGACCUGCUUCACGGUGUCUUGCAGGGCCUGUUUUAGAGCCUGUUGCUCGUACAGGGUCUCUGUGUAAUGAUCAGGAUAUGCUGUGCCCGAAUGGUUUGAACUCGUGCUCGACGAACCAGCGCCCGAUUCACUCCUGGAUGCCGAGGAACGGGAGGACCCACUGCGGGAGGUGUCCUCGCCGAACCUGACAGUCUUGCGCGAAGUGUCGCUCGGCAUGGUGCCCGGGCGAGGCCCGAGUUUUUAAUAUGGGUUUGCCGGCCGCCUGGUCCGGGGCUGGCGGUCGUGGGCGGAACGCAGACGCAGGAACUCAGAGAGGAGCCCGCACGUGUCCCUCGUUGAUUUGGCCAAAUACUGGCUGGAGAAAACUGCACGAGUGCCCAACCUAGGAGGGAUUCCGGGAACGUGAGGCGAUCAGAGUAUUUAACUCGGGCGAAUUGGGCAGUGCCGGGCCCCAGGCUAGUUAGACAAGGCUGUGGGUAAUACGGCGUCUCAGUGGGAGCAUUAGGCUGCAAGCAAGGUGGUUAAAAGCCAGGGGUGGUCGCAGCCCAACCGGGGCUGGCUGGGUGUGGUGUGGACGGACGGGAUGGAAAUAUAUAAUAACCUCGAGGCCCGAAAAUACCGAGUCUCCCUUGUAAGAAAUGGUGUUCUGGUGGAGACAAAGUCUAGACAAUGGACGCCCGAGGAGGAGAGGAGGACCUGAGCAAAGAAAGAAACAAGGAAAAGGCCUUGUCACGGAACGGAAGUGCAUUUAUUUCCCAAAGGAGGGAGGGCAUGAGGGAGGGAGGGCAGUCAAUGAGCCUCACGGCUGCCCGCCCGCCUGCCUGGCCCAGGUACAACAUCACUGCCUGCUGCCUCGGGGCUCAAGUGCCAUGCGCGGACAGGGGGGUUGUGGGAAGUGGAUUAAAGAAUCUGGGUGACUCCAAGGCUGCCUUACAGCACUUGAGCACUUGCGCAGCAAGGCAGAGACGCAAGAGACGAGGUGG